AUGGCCUCUCAUCCGUCCGAUGCGUUGGAGAAUGGCAGCAACAACGUCAACAAGCCCACAAUCCUUCUUGUACCUGGUGCAUGGCAUUCACCACCAGCCUACAGGGCCUUGACAGACUACCUCCGUCAGCACGGUUACACCGUCGUCGAGAUAGCGCAUCCCUCAGUCAACCUACAUCCUUCCUACACUUCCUACUCCGCAGAGAACCCGCCUCCCGCUUUCGCUGCCGACGUGGCAGAGGUCCGGAAGCACAUCCUUGCUCAGGGAUCCGACCCGAUCGUGAUCUUCGCACACUCCUAUGGCUCCGUACCAGCCUCGUCUGCCUGCGCCGACCUACCUCCUACUACCACAAUCAAACAUUUCAUCGUUUCGAGCGGGUUCCCACUACCAGUCGGCAUGUCUAUGCUUGAUGCCAUACCCGGGAGACAACCACCAGAGUGGUGGGACGUUUCGGAGGAUGGGCUGACGUUCCGGCCGGCGAACCCAGCACAUAUUUUCUACAAUGACGUGAAAGAUCCAGAGACAUUGCAGGAAGCCGUGGCUGCACUAGGCGUUCAUUCGUACGCAUGUGUAGAGUCGGAAGGAGGCAAGCAGAGACAUGCAGUCUGGGAAAAUACAAAGUGCACUUAUAUAGUGACCACUCAAGACAAUGCUAUCUCACCGGAAGCCCAACGGCACAUGGUUCAAGGAGCGCAACAGAUGGCCAGAGAGGCGGGAAAGGGUGGAGAGAUGAGCAGUGUUGAGCUGUUUUCUAGUCAUAGCCCUCAUCUGAGUAUGCCCGAGGAGUUGGGAUUGGUGAUCAGGAGAUGCGCUGGCGAAGAACUGUAG